AGUCGGAGGGAACCUCCGAUCCAAACCAUCCCAUUUUUUUAACUUCUAUCUUGAUCGUGACCUUUUUCACACAACAAAAUAUUGGAGUUAGAUUGCACGCUCCAAUUACUUGAUUUAGUAAAACCAUCACUAUAAAAGUCAUUAACCCGCCACCAAUUUAGCCAAAAAAAACCUGCCGCCAAUGAAGAACCAUUUUAGUAAAGAACGAAAGAUCUUUCUUGCAAACCGACAUACAUAUCAGUCAAAAUCUGCAAAGGGCUUGUAAAAACAAACCUACCCCAACCAAACACAUUUCUAGUAUAAAAUUUUUUUAAACAGUUUCCCGGUCUCAUAGUCAUAGUGUUCUUCAAAACAAGCCCUUAUGGGAAACAUCCUUUUAGAAGCUUUAAACGUUCGAGUGGUUGGUUCCGCCGAGAAAAUCCUGGUGCUUGGUCAUGGGUUUGGCACGGACCAAUCGGUCUGGCAACGCAUUGUCCCACUGUUUACACCUGAUUAUCGUAUAAUUCUAUAUGACCUCGUUUGUGCAGGCAGUGUUAACCCUGAUUACUUCGAUUUUAGAAGGUACACAACUCUUGAUGCUUACGUUGAUGACUUGCUUAAUAUUCUUGAUGCUCUUGGCGUUGACCUUUGCGCUUACGUUGGUCACUCCGUCUCCGCCAUGAUUGGCAUCCUAGCUUCCAUUCGCCGCCCUGAACUCUUCUCCAAACUCAUCCUCAUCGGCGCUUCUCCCAGUUUUCUUAAUGACAAAGAUUACCACGGAGGGUUCGAGCAAGGCGAAAUUGAGAAGGUUUUCUCAGCAAUGGAAGCGAAUUACAAAGCUUGGGUCAAUGGGUUUGCACCACUAGCCGUGGGGGCUGAUGUGCCAACAGCGGUUCGAGAAUUCAGCCGAACCCUUUUCAACAUGAGACCAGACAUAUCCUUAUUCGUUUCCAGGACCGUAUUCAACACAGAUCUGAGAGGGGUACUGGGCAUGGUCAGAGUACCAUGUUGCGUGGUCCAGACAGCCAAGGAUGUCUCUAUUCCAGCUUCAGUCGCAGAAUAUUUGAGGACCCAUCUAGGGGGACGAACCACGAUUGAGAUUUUGAAGACGGAAGGCCACUUGCCGCAUAUGACCGCACCAGCGUUGCUCGCUCAAGUGCUCAGGCGAGCCCUAUCACAUCACAGUGAAUUUUAGACUUUAGUAGGGGUGGGGUCCACGGAGAAAUGUAAUAAGUAAUGGGAUGUCGACACCUGUCGAAUAAUUUGUGGACAAUAGGGUCCUUGGACCAAUCUGGAUAAGAUGACUUUUUUUUUUCCGAAGGAUAAGAAUCCCACAUGAUAGUAAUGUGAUGACGUAAUUUUUUGGCCUUCCCUUCUUUGUUUAUUUCUUCUAUUUUUUUUACUUUAUUAUUACUUAUGGUUUCUUUUUUAUUGGGUUUUGACAAGUAAAAACAUAAAAACAUGAUGCUGGUACACUCAAUUUCAUCAAGUUGGCAACAUGUUUUUUGUUUUGUACCUUUGAAGAAAAAUUGUAGCAUGAAAAAGUGGUAGAUCAAUACCAUCGAUUUGACGUCUGGUUGCUAAGCCUGCUAGGAUCUAAAACAGGUCAUGG